UAUAUAAAAUACCGUUUGCUUUCCCUUCCUUGGCCGGAGCGAUCGAGAGUGAGAGAAGUCCUGGAAAGGAAGACCUCGGCGGGCGGCCGCACUGUUGCCUCCUCGGUUCGUCGCAGAGAAUCUAUUAAAUUGAUAUAGUAAAGCAGGAUGGAUAAGAAUGAAGACUCUGGUAGCCCUGGAUGGGGUUCUUCAUUUUUUAUGCAAACAACUGAAGAUGUUGCAAGAGCAUUUUUUGCUGCUGCUUCAGCUGCAACUGUUCGAUCAACACGCCCAUCUGCAGUUUUCUCAUCCAGAGAUGAUAACAGUAACAGCCAACUUCAAAAACUGCAAAGUCAGGUCACAAAAGUCUUGAAAGGUUUCUCACCUCCACCUGAAGUUAAGGGAGCUUACAACCCAGAAGUUCUAACCAGCCAAAAGCGUCAAUGGUCAAGAUUUCAGUUGCAAUCACUGGAUCAGAGACCUGUGAAAGAACCAUCGAGGGUUUUUGAGAGCAUGGUAGUUGUUGGACUCCAUCCUAAUGUUGAUGUCCAAGCACUUCAAAGGCUGGUAUUGGAGAGGAACAAUGAAGAUUCAAAGAAAAAAAGAAGCUUGCUGAGUUACAAUCUCCAAGUUCAAGCUGAACCAAAUCUUGAACCUCAGGUGCUAUUUGUAUAUCCUCCAGAAAAGCAGCUGCCGCUCAAAAAUAAGGAUCUCCUUUCUUUCUGCUUUCCAGGAGGUGUGGAGGUUCAUGCUGUAGAAAGAACUCCCUCACUAAGUGAGCUGAACGAGAUACUCCUUGGGCAGGAACAGCUAAAGCAAAACAACCAGUCUUUUGUAUUUCGUUUACAGGUGGCUGAUGAUUCAACCUUCUAUGGAUGCUGUGUAUUAGUGGAUGAAAUGGUACAGAAACCAUCAAAUUUAGUUUCCAUGCUUAUAGGUGAGCAAAGCUUCUCUCCAUCCUUAAGCCGCCACAUAAUAACUACAUCUCGAUGCUAUUGCAUUCUAUCAAGGCUUCCAUUCUUUGAGCUGCAUUUCGGUAUAUUGAGAAGCAUCUUCAUUGAAGAAAGGUUCGAAUGGCUAACAAAAGGCAUUGACAUGCUAAAUUUGCUGUCAUUGGAAGAAACUUCUGAUGAAGACAGCACUUAUGAUAGAACCAAUAGUCCCGUACAGGAACAGUACUGCACCGAAGAUGCAACAAAUUUGAUGAGAUGUUCUGAUUUAAGUACAGAAGUUUCUACCCCUAAGAAAAUAUCUGAUAACGAUAAACCUGUGGAUAACCAGCUCCAUGAAAUGAACUUGAAUUCUAAGGAAGUCAUCCAGAGCAACACCACCUUUCAAGUCAAUCAAGAAAUAACAGAUUUUGUAACUGAAGGAGAAUCCAGAGAUGUCAUUCAAGAUAACCACGAUAACUCUGUUGAUGAGGUCAUGAAAAACAGGCAAUCUGAAAGGCGGAUUCCAGAUGCCGUUUUGCCACUUUUGCGGUGUUGCCUCUAUGAAAGCUCCGAAUCCUCUGCCAGCAUCUACAGUUUCCAAGGUUCUCCAAGUGAAGACAGAAAUUUUAGGAGUGAUAUGGAUGAAGUAGAGCUCGAAGAGCCAUCUUCAUCUGGUCUGGAAGAUUCCAGUGGUCAUGGUGAUAUCCUUGAAUGGGCCAAGGCGAACAGUCAUGGAUCUUUGCAGAUAAUUUGUGAAUAUUAUCAGUUACAUUGCCCUGCUAGGGGUUCGAAGCUUACCUUCCGGCCCUUGGAGCACUUGCAUCCUUUGGAUUUUCACAGGCCUGGUGAAACAGUUCUUCAUAUUGCUGACUCCACUGUUGAUCUUAGAUCUUGCAAUACAAGCUUAGAAGUGGCUGAGGCACACAGUGCACUGUUAGCUGAGGAGGAGGCUAUUGCUUUGUCUGUAUGGACAAUUGCAUGCAUAUGUGGGUGCCUGAGGCUUGAAAAUAUAAUAACGAUGUUUGCUGGAGCACUUUUGGAGAAACAAAUUGUUAUUGUUUGCUCUAAUUUGGGAAUCUUAUCUGCUGCAGUUUUAUCAGUUGUACCACUAAUACGUCCCUAUCAGUGGCAGAGCCUACUAAUGCCGAUUUUGCCAAAUGACAUGCUGGACUUUUUGGAUGCGCCUGUUCCAUACAUAGUUGGCAUAAAAAAUAAGACUGCUGACAUUCAACCGAAGUUAGCAAAUGCCAUUCUGAUUGAUGCUAACAAGAACCAGGUGAGGUCACCCUCGAUGCCACAAUUACCCCGACAAAGAGAGUUGCUAUCAUCUCUUGGUCCGUAUCAUGCAAAGCUUGUGGGUGAAAGCUUUCUAGCAAGAAAAAGACCAGUUUAUGAGUGCACAGAUGUCCAGGUUGAAGCUGCUAAAGGUUUCUUAGCAGUUCUUAGAUCCUAUCUAGAUUCUCUAUGCUCCAACCUAAGAUCUCAUACAAUCACAAAUGUGCAAUCAAAUAAUGACAAGGUUUCAUUACUUUUAAAAGAGAGUUUUAUUGAAUCAUUUCCAAAUCGCGACAGAUCCUUUAUGAAGCUUUUUGUGGAUACCCAGCUUUUCUCUGUACGUACAGACCUUGUUCUCUCCUUCUACCAAAAGGACUAGAGCUGCUGUGGGAGGUUCUGGUAACCAAGGCGCCAGAAGGAGGUCAUGAAAGCAAUCCAGAAUUCUUCAUAAGAACAUCAGAGAGAUUUUCACAGUCGGAGUUGUCAAGAUAUUACUAGUGAGUUGGAGGCCGUCUUCCCAAUUCUUCUGAGGAAUCAUGCUGGAUAAUUUCUUCCACUCUCACUCUCCUGCUUGGAAUCCGUGGCAUAUGAUGUGAUUGUGAAAUCUUGACCUGUCUGUGAAUUUGUGCUGCUGGUGUUUUGUGACUUAAAACAUAUGGGCUCUUGAAGCAAUCUCGCUGCACUCGGCAUAAAAAUAGAAGGAAGUUAUUGAAAACAUCGAGAAUUGGAUGUUGUAGCUCGUGAAGAUGUGUAGGUAACAUGAACAAAAGCUGGGCGUGCUUGAAGGUCCAAAUCUAGAUUGACCUUGUAAUUUCCUGUUGUUUUACAACUUUUAUAUUCUGACAGCUCCUGUGUAGAGAUUAAAACCAAAAAAAAAGAAGAAAAGAAGUGGAAUCUUACCCAGAAAUGAAUCGUUCUUAUCUCAUGCAAAUGGUACAAGGGCAGGCAUCCAUGAGGCCUCUCUCUGUC